AUGAGAUUUUCAAUUUUAAUCAUCUCAUUAAUCCAUCUUAUUAUAGCGAAUGCGUUAGAUUUGAAUAUUAAGUUAGAAAACAUUCCACUUGAGGUAGAAAAUGAUAUUUCACAAUUACAUAAAUCAAAAAUUCCAAAUUUAGAUAAUACAAAUAGAAUAAAUGCACAAUUAUAUCUUUUACCAACUUCAAAUCAAAAAUUUAAAAAUAUUAAUUUUAAACCAAUUCAACAAUCCAUAGCUGAUAAAAAUUAUAAUAUAAAAUUUAAAAAUUUACAAAAUGAUAAUAAUUAUGAACUCAUAAUAAAUCCAUAUGAUUUUGAAUUGGUUCAAAAUAGAUUUAAGAUUAAUGUUACAAAUGAUGAAUUUAUAAUUUUGGAAGAUAAAUUAGGAUCACCCUCAUUAAAUGAAACAACCAUAAAACUAUCUUCCAAUGAACCAUUAAAAAUAAGUUUUAGAAAUUAUAUACAAUUUUAUGAAAGAUCUAACGGUACACUAAUGCAAAUGUUAUUAAAUUCUCCAUUAGGUUUUAUAUUCAAAAAUAAAGUAUAUACUAUGCUUUUUUUUGUUUGUAUUGGAUUAAUGAUUGCACCUUAUGUAGCUGAAUGGGUAAACCCUGAAUUUGCAGCACAAUUUAAAGAUGUUCCAAUACAAGAUGCUUUCAAAACUUUAGAACAAAGACAAGAAGGAAAAGCUAAUGCUAAAGCUCAAAUUGAUAGGAGCGAUGAUAUUGAUAAAUUUUUAAGUUCUUCUCUUGAUUCUUCAAAUUCUGGAACUCCAAAUCCUGGACAAAGUCAUGCUACAGGUAGAAAAAAUAAUAAUAAAUCAACACUAAGAAAACGUUAG